GUUUGUUUAAUGGGAAGUAGAAGUAUAUAAGGAGGAUCAACUGUAUGAAUACAUUAAUCUGAAAGCAUUUUGCUCAACCAUUAGACAUGAAAGUUACACUGUUUUUCGUCAUUGUAAGCGCUGUUAUUGCUAUGAUCUACAGCGAGACCUGCGGAGAUGAUAGUGACUGUGCCCACGUCACCUGUAGCAGUGGCUCAAGACUUGCCUGCUCUCAUGGACAUUGCACCUGUCUGGUUGCAGCCAAUGCUGGUACCUGCCUGUCAGCCACGUGUACCGCCCGCGCCGACUGCGACAGCUGUCAGUGUAGAGACAGCCAUGCAGGCACACAGAGAAACACUGCUUCGACGGCAAUUGUCUCUGUGGGCGUGGUGCUUCUGGACCUGGUGGACCAGGCGUGUGAAGGCAAAUAGAGAUGGAGAACGCACAUGGAAAGUAUUCGUACCAUAUGGAUACAUACAUGUACACUGUUAAAUAUACCUAUUUGUACAA